ACACACGUGUGACGAAUGGACUCCACCCUGGUCUCCACUGUUCCAGGAAAUGUCCUGUUCUGCUGCUGCUGUUCAUCACACACCAGGACUGAAGUAAGAUUACAGGCCCGUGUAAAAAACCGAAGAAACUCUUGUUUUUUUGCGUGUUUUUAAUAGUUUUUGUGCAGCAGCAGAAAGGGCGUGGCUGUAUAACAAAGGCUCCCAGAUUAUAUUUUUUUGCCGCUGGGAAUCGGGGGGAAAAACACGGAAUUUCCUGCCGCGUCCAAACGUCUUAUUUGGAAUCAUGUCCAGGUCAGACUACCCUCCAGGAUAUGAUGACUCUCAUGGCCCAUUGUACACACCACAGGGUGGGGGAUAUGGACCACAGGGUGGGGGAUAUGGACCACAGGGUGGGGGAUAUGGACCACAGGGUGGGGGUUACCCACCUCCCCCUGCCUAUGCAUUUCCCGGAUAUGGUGGACCUCAGCCAGGCCAGCCCUCAGCUCCCUACCCCACUGGUCCAAACACUCCACUGUUCCCAGGUCAACCAGGGGGCUACCCUCCUGGUACAUACUCAGGACAACCUCACCCUGCCGGUCCCCCAGGUUCAGGCUUCCCCGGUCAUCUUCCCAUGCCUCCUGUUCUUCCACCUACGAUUCCAUCAGAUAUCCUGACCUCCAAUGACACAGAUGAAGACGGGUUUGCAGCGAGCGGCAGCGGUUGGGACAGUCUGAGUAUUCGACAUGCCUUCAUCAGAAAGGUGUAUUUGAUUUUGGCCUGUCAGCUCCUUAUCACCACAGCCAUUGUGGGUGUAUUCACAUUUGUUGAACCCGUCAAAUAUUUCAUUCAGAGAAACCAAGCUUUAUACUGGGCAUCCUACGCUGUGUAUUUUGUCACCCACAUGGUGCUGGUCUGCUGUAAAGGCCCACGGAGGAAGUUUCCUUGGAACAUCAUUCUGCUGCUCAUAUUUACUCUGGCUUUUUCCUACAUGACUGGAGCCAUAUCCAGCAACUACGACACAAAAUCAGUGUUUCUUGCUGUGGGUAUUACUGCUGUUGUCUGCAUCGCCGUGACCGUCUUCUGCUUCCAGACAAAGGUUGACUUUACAAAGUGUCAGGGACUAUUCUGUGUCCUGGGGGUCGUUGUGUUUGUGACGGGCAUCAUUACAGUCAUUGUGCUCUCCUUCAAAUAUAUCCCGUGGCUUCACAUGCUUUAUGCGGCUAUUGGAGCCAUAGCCUUCACUUUGUUCCUCGCGUACCACACGCAGCUGCUGAUCGGGAACAGAAAACAUUCCAUCGGUCCAGAAGACUACGUGUUCGCUGCGCUCUCUAUCUACGUGGACAUUAUCCAGAUUUUCCUUUUCCUCCUGCAAAUUAUUGGUGUGGCCCGCAGAUAAAUCCACAAAUUUACAUCUUUGACAAACAGUUUGCAGACAAGAGCCAGGUCGCAAAACCAAUCAGUGCUUUAUAAAAGCUUUGUUUGUUCAUACUAUCAUAUUACAUUUAUAUAAUAUAAUCAUGAUGCACUCCAGGGAACAUGAUAAAGGGCUGGAACUGACAUUUUGUCAUAUUGUGGGUUAAUCGAAUGCACUUUUUUUCCGAGUCUACAUUAUGCCAACAAAUCCAAACUGAUAUUGAUUCAUUCAUAUUAUUUCUAGCUAUGAUUUUAAGUUGUUGAUUUAUAGUUUAACAUAAUGGGAGGAGAACAUUGAUACUGUUCUUAUGUCUGUACCUUAAAAUAAAAGACAGCAAGUGUAGCUACGUGUAAUGAGUGGAAACAGAUGAAAACUGUUAGCCUGGCUAUGUCCAGAAAUAAAAAAGUAAUCUGCCUACCAGUCCUUACCGUAUGUACAUAUAUCACAAUUAGCAAAUCGCAAAGACAUUGAUUGUUCAAUGUUCUAAGCCAAUUCAAUACUAUCCAGUCUAUACUGGACCAUGUCAGUGGUUUCAUGACCAUUUUACCUCCAAUAGCUUUUAAAAAUCUGAAACAUCAGGUAGUGUUGAUCAUGAUCCCUGACAUAAGGCGAAGAAGAAACUAACUUUUGAUUUGUCAUUUUUACAGAGGAAGUGAAUCAGCAGAUUUUAAGUUUAUAAUUGCCUUCAUUAAUGUAUGUUGAAAAACAAAAAGGGGGGUUACUAGUACAUAAAUGCCAAGCAUGAAGUAUUUGAACACGCACACAGCUGCUAAAACGGUACCCACAACCAAAAAUACUUCCUGUUUGUCAAGUCAUUUUGAAAAAUGACAUCCUCAGUUCUCUACUCAUGUCUCUGUCCGCAAACUGUUAUUAAUCACAAGUGUUGCUCUGUUGUAAUUAUUUAAAAACAUUACUGUUGUGCCUUCACAAUAUUUCCUGUUACAAAUGCAGUGUAUACUCUAUUGGCUUUUUACAGUAUUAUUACAGACUGUGUUUAUAUACUGUAAUGACUUGGAUUUCUUACUGAGCGGUAACAGCUGGGAGAACUCAAUCAGUGUUGGAAGUUGGUACGUUCCAGAUUAUUUGGCACAUUGUCCAUAAUCUGACAUGAUUUGCCUUACCCUGCUGGUUCUCCUCACACCGCUGUUCAUAGCAAGUAUAGACACAAAGCUCAAGUUCAAAUAUAACCUCUUACUCCAAACAAAUAUGGCACAGGUGGUGUGUGUGUGUUACUGUAAAUAAACAUUAGGGCUGAAGACAAUCUGCUUUUUUAUAUCAAAUAAAAUACUUUUAUUUGGA